GCACCGCCAUCCCCCCUGGUGCCCGCUGUCCCCCCCCCAAGCCACCACCUUCCCUCUCGCCCUCUGCCCGCCCCGUGUCCCGCCAGGCCGCGGCUCCCAGGCUGCCCCGCGGCCUGCCACGGUUUGUGGCGGCCAUGGCGCUGCUGACGGACCUCUACCAGCUCACCAUGGCCUACGGGUACUGGCGGGCCGGGCGGCACCGUGCCCCCGCUGCCGCCGAGCUCUUCUUCCGCCGCGAGCCCUUCCAUGGCGCCUUCGCCCUGGGCACGGGCCUGGCCGAGGGCCUCCGCUUCCUCCGCGCCUUCCGCUUCUCCGCCGCCGACAUCGCCUACCUGCGCUCGGUCCUGCCCAGCACGACGGAGGACGCCUUCUUCGAUUACCUCUGCACCGUGGACGCCUCGGAGGUCACCGUCUCUUCCGUGCCAGAAGGCUCCGUCGUCUUCUCCAGGGUCCCGCUCCUGCAGGUGAAGGGGCCGCUGCUGGUGGUGCAGCUGCUGGAAACCACCCUGCUGUGCCUGGUCAACUACGCCAGCCUGGUGGCCACGAACGCCGCCCGCUUCCGCCUCCUCGCUGGCCCCGGGAUGAAGCUGAUGGAGAUCGGGCUGCGUCGCGCCCAGGGGCCGGACGGCGGCCUGUCUGCCUCCAAGUACUCCUACAUCGGGGGCUUCGACUACACCAGCAACGUCCUCGCGGGGAAGCUCUACGGCAUCCCGGUGCGCGGCACCAUCGCCCACUCCUUCAUCAUGUCCUUCACGUCGCUGACGGAGGUGCAGCCCAGGGUCCUGCCACCGCUGGCGGGCGGGGAGCCGGUGGAUCUCGCAGCCCUGGCCGAGUCGUGGCUGCAGCGGGUGUGCGAGCUGCUGCAGAGCCCCCCCGAGAAGGCCAACCGCGGUGAGCUGGCCGCCUUCGUGUCCUACGCCAUCACCUUCCCGCACAACUUCCAGGGGCUGCUGGACACGUACUGCGUCAUGAGUGUCCCCGUCCUUCACUGUCACCUGCCGCAGGUCUUUGUCCUCCUGCUCAGCUUGCCCUUGGUCCUUGGCCCCUGUCCGAAGAGGCCGCGGGCACUAAUCCUUCUCCUCGCCCCCGUCAGGAGCGGCCUGCCCAAUUUCUGUGCCGUGGCGCUGGCCCUGCACCAGCUGGGGUACCGCGCCAUCGGGGUGCGCCUGGACAGCGGGGACCUGGUCCAGCAGUCCAAGGAGAUCCGGCGGGUGCUCCGAGCCUGCGGCACCACCUUCCAGGUGCCCUGGUUUGGGAGCAUCCCCAUCGCCGUGAGCAACGACAUCAGCGAACAGAGCCUGGAGAGCUUCAUCCGGGAGGGGAGCGAGAUCGACGUGAUCGGUGUGGGGACAAACCUGGUGACAUGUCCCCUGCAGCCAUCGCUGGGCUGCGUCUACAAGCUCGUGGAGGUCAACGGCUCGCCUUGCCUGAAGCUCACGGAGGAGGAGGAGAAGAUGACGAUCCCCGGGAUUAAGGCAGUGUAUCGGCUCUACGACGACGCCGGUCACCCCUUCAUGGACCUCAUGGCCCUGGAGGACGAGUCCGCACCCAACGCAGGGCAGGAGCUGGCGGUCCACGUCCUGGGGAGGAGAGGAGAGGCCACCAAGGUCAGGCCCACCGCCGUGGAGCCCCUGCAUCGCACGUACUUCAGAGACGGCCAGGUGUGCGAGGUCCUGCCCAGCCUGCCGGAGGUGCGGAGCCACGCGCAGGCGUCCCUCAGCCAGCUCAGCCCCGCUCACCGCCGGCUCCGCGAGCCGCAGCCCUACCCGGUGGCCGUGACGGAGAAGCUGCACCUCCUCCUCGCAGAGCUGCGGCAGGCCAGGCAGUGAGGGGGUCCCUGCGCGCCCCCCGCGCUCUGCCAGUCCCUGCCUGGGGCCAGCGCUUCCGACGUCCUCUUUGGAAGGCCAGGUGAUUAAUUGGGAAUUAAUGAGGCUAAUGAGGCUGCUGCUCUGCGGAUCUCCUCCGAUCCGAGGACCGUGCCGGGACUGGAAGCGCUCCCCGCGGGCCCAGGUGCCCACGGAUGGGGCAGGCAGAGCUGGGAGGUGGCGGGGCCGCCACGUCCUGGGCUGGGACACGGCCGUGACCGGCGCCGUCACCGCAUUGCCUGGGAGCUCCCUUCCUUCCCUGCCCACCUCGGUGGCCCUGCCACCCCUGUGCCUUCUGUGGUGGCCACGCUGCCCGCCUUGGUGGCCUUACCAGCCCCGUGCCUUCUGCGGUGGCAUCUCCAGGCCACGGCUGCUUCGUACGUCACUUGAAGGCGAGUGAAAUGCAAACACUAAACCAGGCUGCAAGUGGCCCCAGCCUCUAGCCGAGCCAGAAAUGCCUCCGCAGCUGCCCCCAAAUGAAGCAACGCCGCUGCUGCGGCAGCUGGGGACCGUCCUCGUGUCCCAGAGCCCCCAGCGAGGCUCAGCGGUGGCACUAAAGACCGUGCCGAGAAGGUUUCCCACUCACGGAGCCGUGGCAGAUGCACUUCGCCCUUUCCCCCCUAAGCUUUGGGUCUGUGGCCAUGUUUUUUACCUUUCCGUUUUGUACGAGGUCUCCCGAGCAUGGAAACUGGUUUCAGGUCGACACCCCCCGAUCUCUAACCUCGAUUCUUAUAGAGGAAGCGUGGCACUAAGCCCUGCCCUUACCUUGUCCAAAGCACAAAACAAAAUAAAAGCCUUACGCACCAGUGCUGCGAGCACGCUGCGUGGCUGCCCCAGUCCUAAAAAAAACUCUCCUUCAGCUUGAAUGUUUAAUUCAUCCCCUUUCAUUUCACUUCGUGGUGUAUAUUUGAAUAAAACUGAAAUGAGAA